CCGGCCCGCCGCCAUUUCCCCAGGCACCACCCCCUCCGGGACCCCGCGCUCACCUGCGGCUCCGCCGGCCGUAGCCGCCGCCGCCGUAUCUUCGCGGAGGCGGCCCGCGGCGGCUGUGAUGCGAGUCGGGCGGGCGGCCGUAGCGCGCCAUCUGCACGCGCAGCUCGCGGCCGUCCAGUACGGCGCCGUCCAUGGCGUCCAUGGCGUCCUCGGCGUCACGCUUGUCAUGGAAGCGCACGAAAGCGAAGCCCCGGGAUUCCUUGGUAUAGCGGUCCCGGGGGAUGUACACGUCGCCGACGCGCCCGUACUUCUCGAAGACGCGCCGUAGCGUGUCGGGCGAGGUGCGGAUUGUCACUGGGUUCGCCCCAAGGAGAACUGACUGCCCGAGGUUGCUGACUUCUUGCAGAGCCAGCCAAAAUGUCCCCGGAAUCUAAAAAGCUUUUCAACAUCAUUGUUUUAGGAGUUGCUUUUAUGUUUAUGUUCACCGCCUUUCAAACUUGUGGAAAUGUGGCGCAAACUGUGAUCAGGAGUUUAAACAGCACGGAUUUCCAAGGCAGCGCAUACACCAGCAUGGCGAUUAUUUACGGAGUAUUCUCUGCCUCAAACUUGAUUACACCAUCUGUGGUUGCCAUUGUGGGCCCUCAGCUCUCUAUGUUUGCAAGUGGUCUGUUUUACAGCGUGUACAUUGCCGUUUUUAUCCAGCCUUUCCCGUGGUCCUUCUACACGGCCUCCGUUUUCAUUGGAAUUGCAGCUGCUGUCCUCUGGACGGCACAAGGAAACUGCCUGACAAUCAAUUCAGAUGAGCACACUAUUGGGAGGAACAGCGGCAUUUUCUGGGCUCUCUUACAGUCCAGCUUGUUCUUUGGAAAUCUCUUCAUAUAUUUUGCGUGGCAAGGGAAAACUCACAUAUCAGAGAGUGACCGAAGAACAGUGUUUAUUGCCCUGACAGUGAUUAGCCUUGUGGGGACAGUUCUUUUCUUUCUCAUUAGGAAACCAGAUUCUGAAAACAUCCUAGGAGAAGAGGAAUCUUCUGAUGACCAGGACCCGGAAGUCAAUGAGUCUGCCCAGAACAAUAUGACAAAGGCAGUGGAUGCAUUUAAAAAGUCUCUGAAGUUAUGUGUCACCAAAGAGAUGCUCCUUCUUAGCGUGACCACUGCUUACACAGGUCUGGAAUUGACGUUCUUCUCUGGCGUCUACGGAACGUGCAUCGGCGCUGUCAAUGACUUUGGGACAGAAGAGAAGAGCCUCAUUGGACUCUCGGGCAUCUUCAUCGGCAUUGGAGAGAUUCUAGGUGGAAGCCUCUUUGGCCUACUGAGCAAGAACAAUCGCUUUGGCAGAAACCCGGUUGUGCUAUUGGGCAUCCUGGUGCACUUUGUAGCCUUUUACUUAAUAUUUCUCAACAUGCCUGGGGACGCCCCCAUUGCUCCCAUCGAAGGAACGGAUAGCAGCGCUUACAUCAAUCCCAGCAAAGAAGUUGCCAUCCUUUGUAGUUUCCUGUUGGGGCUCGGAGACAGCUGCUUCAAUACCCAACUGCUGAGCAUCCUAGGCUUCCUGUAUUCUGAAGACAGUGCACCAGCGUUCGCAGUCUUCAAAUUUGUCCAGUCCAUCUGUGCAGCCGUGGCAUUCUUCUACAGCAACUAUCUUCUCCUCCCCUGGCAACUCCUGGUCAUGGUGAUAUUUGGGUUUUUCGGAACGAUCUCUUUCUUCUCUGUGGAAUGGCAAGCUGCCGCCUUCGUAGCCCGGAGCUCUGACUACCGAAGCAUUUGA